AUGGCGUUGCCUGAUCGCCUGCCUGCGAACGUGUUGCCGCUCCCCACCCUCAUUCUCCAGCUAGAGCUCCACGUACGAAAGCAUCGUGUUGUUCCCUUACACUGCACAGCAAAGGGACUUUACACCGCUCCACGAAUGCACCUCGUCCGCGUUGCUGGCAACAGGCCACCUUUGCCUCCUGACGUCGCUGCAGCGGUCGACUACCGGACCCAGGGAGAUCUUGUCUCGUACUUCGUCCCUGAUGAUCAUCAGGCGCACACAUACCGCGGAUAUCGUAUAGCAAGGUGCAAAACGCGGGGCCGUCGUUCGAUCCUGAUCCGUCAUCGACGAUGCGGGCGGGAAAAGGAGGCUGUAGUUGAAGCCUCAGCGCCCGCAGAAGGACCUGGAUCAUAUGGCUCCGACGCUACCACGAUCGUACCUAUUCUGCCCUCGCACCCAACAUCGAAAGGCCCACACACUUCAAUCACGGGCAGUUCCCGAACCUAUGCAUCCGCAAUCUCAAGUAUCGCUAGCUAUACCACAGCACCAGCCAACUCUGCACGCUUGUGGAAGUUCGGGGUAGCGCGCAGGAAACUGAAUCCAGCCUUGUACACGAACGCGCAAACACCCGUGCCGCAUUUCACAGACGAGGAGUUCUUUGACUUGUUCGCCGAAACGGUCUUUCAAGACGCCGUCACAGCUGCAGCGAUGCCUGUAUGCCUGCUCGUUACAGCCGUGAAAGAAUUAGCAACUUUAACUUCCGUAGAUUCGAUCAAGCCUCUGGAACAUGUGGUGGAUACUACUGUAUUGAAUAUGCAGCAGUUCUCGACACGACAAGGUUUUGCUGCGCAUUCGCGAUGGACAAGCCUGAAGGACACAAUUCGUCUGCGAGUCUUCGAGUUCGCAUCUGUUCAGCCACAUCUGAGAGAUCAGGUUCCUAGAUCCUAUUGGGAAGGUGGACAAGUGUUCACUAGCGAGUGGUUGAACUAUCUACACCGUCGGGGGAUCGUCCUGGAUCCAGACGCGGAGCUCAACUGGUCUGGUCGUGGACAGCACGUUGAGUACAAACCUGGAGAAGAGGGUAUCAUACCGUUGAAAGACUCUCGCCUGCUAGGCGAGAGUAGAUCUGCCAUCGUGGACAGUGUCAUGUGUCGGAGAAUUGAGCUGGCACGCAAGAUCAUUCGAUGCUCUAGAAGCUUGACCAAAGAGGAAGCUGUUGAAGAGGUCAAGAGCUUGCAGCAGGCACUACACCGGCAUGUAGUCCGUGUAGUUGGCACAUACUUGUUCAAAAGGGGACACCUGCAGGAACUUGCGAUACUGCUUUAUCCGGCUGCUCAGUGGAACCUUGAGGAGUACAUGGACAGCUUCUUUCAACACGAGCCCCAUAUCCACCCUUUUGCUGCUACCAAUCUCAGCACUUUCGUUGGAUGUCUCUCACAUGCGCUACAGUUCAUACACGGCAAACAUGUGAAACAUAUGGAUAUCAAGCCGCAAAACUUGCUUGUUCGUCAGGCGGGCUUCGAGUAUCGUAUAUACGUUGCUGAUUUCGGCAUCGCUCGUACAUACAAAUGCGACGAAGAUUCCAACACGGACUCCCCGACCUCGUUCACACGUAUCUAUGCCGCACCCGAAGUUGUAGCACAGGAAACAAGGGGUUAUUCUGCAGACAUAUUCUCCCUGGGAUGUGUUUUCAUGGAAAUUCUUGCCACCUUGAGCACAACAGGGCAAAGAAAUGAGCGCAAGUUACUAGCGGAAGCUCAUAGAUCACCGGGCGACAGAUCGUACCAAGGUAAUUUGGAAGCUGUGCGCAUUUGGCACAACAAUGUCCUUGAGCGUUUGAACUUUGUGGAUGUCACUUUUGGAAAGGAGGACUGGGAGCUGUUGCUGAAUGAGUGGACUGAGCCCGCCGCCAUGCUCGCCAGCGAGCCAUAUGGUCGUCCAAGUGCAGAAGUUUUGAAAGGUAUCACUGCGAACCACACAUGCGGGCAGUGUCAUGCCGGCCCUGAGCCCUUCGAAGCCGCAUGA